AUGGGGGCCAGAGAGGAGCCCCGGCCUGCCCCUGGGUCCAGCGGCUCCCACAGGGUGGUGGUGCUGAGAGUGGCAGCCCCUGCCCUCCUGCUCCUCCUGGCAUUGCCUGCCCGGGCCUGGCCUGGCCUGGGGCUGCCCCGGAGGCCGUGUGUGCACUGCUGCCGCCCCGCCUGGCCGCCGGCCGCCCCUGGCCCGCACGCCCCCAUGAGCGACGGGGAGGAGUGGGUGUGGCCGCCUCGUGUGCAGCCCACCAUCGACAUCUCAAUCCUCAAAGGUGCAAAGGGCGAAGCAGGGCUUAGAGGUCGCACCGGCAGGAGUGGGAAGGAGGGCCCGCCAGGCUCCCGGGGCCCCCGCGGCCGCAAGGGUCAGAAGGGGCAGGCGGGGCCGCCAGGCGCCCCAUGCCAGCGAGCCUACGCGGCCUUCUCGGUGGGCCGGCGAGAGGGGCUGCACAGCUCCGACGACUUCCAGGCCGUGACCUUCGACACGGAGCUGGUGAACCUGGACAGCGCCUUUGACCUGGCCUCCGGUCGCUUCCUCUGUGCUGUGCCCGGCAUCUACUUCCUCAGCCUCAACGUGCACACCUGGAACUACAAGGAGACCUAUCUGCACGUCAUGUGCAACCGGCGGGCCACCGCCGUGCUGUACGCGCAGCCCAGCGAGCGCAGCGUCAUGCAGACCCAGAGCCUGCUGCUGCCGCUGGAUGCCGGCGACACCGUCUGGGUGCGCAUGUUCCAGCGUGACCGUGACAACGCCAUCUACGGUGAGCACGGCGACCUCUACAUCACCUUCAGCGGCCACCUGGUCAAGCCAGCCACUGAGCUCUAG